AGGGAAAUCACAGCCAUUCUCUCCAACUCAAUCUCUUUAUCACAGAGAUAAACAAUGGCACCACAUUGUAGUGCUGCAAUUUCUUCUUCUAUGCUUUCCAUUAUUAUUCUUAUUUCCAUUUUGGUCCAAUCACCAGCCCAAGCCACUGAUAAAAAGCCUUAUAUUGUGUACAUGGGAACACAUUCUCAUGGUCGGAACCCUUCCUCAGCUGAUCUUGAAAUGGCCACAACUUCUCAUUACAAUUUUCUUGGAUCAUACUUGGGAAGUGAGAAAGCGAAAGAUGCCAUCUUUUAUUCCUAUAAUAAACAUAUUAAUGGCUUUGCUGCACUUCUUAAUGAGGCAGAAGUUGCAGAGAUUCAAAAGCAUCCAAAUGUAGUAUCAGUUUUUUUGAGCAAAGGAGGGAAAUUGCACACAACUCAUUCAUGGGAAUUUCUUGGAUUGGAAAGAAAAGGUGGUGUUGUUCCUUCUCAAUCUAUUUGGACGAAAGCACGCUUUGGUGAAGAUAUCAUUAUUGGAAACUUGGACAGCGGUGUUUGGCCCGAAUCCAAAAGCUUUGCUGAAUACGAAGGAAUUGGACCAAUUCCCUCGAGGUGGCGUGGAAGUUGUCAACCAGUCAUUAACGAUACAUUCAAGUGCAAUAAGAAGCUAAUAGGUGCUAAGUACUUUAACAAAGGCUACUUUGCAUAUCUAAAGACUCUCAACGCUUCUUCCUUUCCAUCGUCUGCACGAAAAGCAAACUUUUUCACCAGUCGAGACAUUAAUGGGCAUGGGACUCAUACUCUUUCUACAGCCGGAGGUAGCUUCGUUGCUGGAGCAAACGUGUUCGGGAAUGGGAAUGGCACAGCAAAGGGUGGAUCUCCCAAAGCCCGUGUGGCCGCUUACAGGAUUGGUGGUUGGCUUCCACCUGAUGAUGGCCCUUCGUACACUGAUGGUGAUGUUUUGGCUGCAUUUGAUGCGGCAAUAAGUGAUGGUGUAGACGUGAUUUCGGCCUCUAUUGGUUCGGAUGAAGCUACUGAAUAUUUUAAAGACUCAAUCUCAAUAGGGAGUUUUCAUGCGGUUAUGAAUAACAUUGUUGUGGUUGCCUCAGCUGGCAACGAAGGACCUGAUCCAAACACCGUAAAGAAUACAUCGCCAUGGAUGGUAACCGUGGCAGCUAGCACACUCGAUCGUGAGUUCAAUAGUUAUGUAUCUCUUGGCAACAAAAAGCACCUUAAGGGAGCAAGUCUUUCUUCAAGUGGCUUGCCAUCUCAGAAGUUUUAUCCAUUAGUUUUUGGGCUAGGUGCACAAGCUUCUAAAGUAAAAAACCCUUUGGACACACAACUAUGUAUGCCCAAAAGCCUUGAUCCAAAAAAGGUAAAAGGAAAGAUCUUGGUUUGUCUUGUUGGGGAAAUUUCAAAUCUUGAAAAGGGACACCAAGCUUCUCUUUCAGGUGCUGUUGGAAUGAUUCUAAUAAAUAAUGGCAUAGUUGACACUGAGAUUGAUCCUGAAGCUCAUGUACUCCCUGCAUCUAAUCUCAAUGGUGCUGAAAGCAAUUCUAUGAUUGAAUACCUCGGCAGUACUAGGACUCCUGUGGCUUACAUGACUCGACCAAAGACUGAAGUUGGAGUAAAGCCAGCCCCAGUUAUGGCUUCAUUCUCAUCAAGAGGACCUGAUGUUAUUGAGCCAGCUUUGCUUAAGCCGGAUAUAGCAGCACCAGGAUACAAUAUUAUUGCUGCAUAUAGUGAAUCUGUUGCACCAACUGACGAAGAAUUUGACAAGCGUCGAGUCCAAUUCAAAGUAGAAUCAGGAACUUCAAUGUCAUGCCCUCAUGUUUCUGGGAUCGUUGGUCUUCUCAAAACACUUCAUCCAGAUUGGAGUCCAGCUGCAAUUCAUUCGGCUAUAAUGACUACAGCAAGAGUUCAAGAUAACAACAAUAAGCCAAUGUCGGACUAUAACAUGACAAAAGCAACACCAUUUGAAUAUGGUUCAGGCCACAUCCAACCAAAUCGAGCUAUGGACCCUGGACUUGUCUAUGACAGAACUACUGAUGAUUAUUUGAACUUUCUAUGUGCUCAUGGCUACAAUGAAACAAUGGUUAAGCUUUUCUACAAUAAACCAUAUAAAUGUUCCAAAUCAUUCACUCUAGCCAACUUCAACUACCCUUCCAUUACAGUUACUAAUGUGGGUUCACGAUCAGUGACAAUUACUAGAAAAGUUAAAAAUGUUGGCCCACCAGGGACUUACAAGGCAUAUGUGAGAGCUCCAGCAGGAGUUUCUAUUUAUGUUAAGCCAGCAAGCUUACAAUUUAGCAAAAUUGGUGAAGAAAAAAAAUUCGAGAUUAUUUUGAAGCCUGAAGUUGUUGGGAAGCCUAAAGAGUAUGUGUUUGGACAAUUGAAAUGGUCAGAUGGAAAGCGUUAUGUUAGAAGUCCAAUAGUAGUCGAGUACUGAUAGAAAGGAGAAAAUAAUAUGUAUGCAUGACAGAAGAGUAUGUACAAUAUUUAUUAUAGGGAAUUCAAAUGUAAAAAGUACAUGCAUUUUAUGUCAUAUAUAUAUAUUAACUUAAUAUAAUUAUUGAUACUAGAAAUAUUCUAGUACUAAUAAGAAUUCCAAGAAUAUGAUUGGAGUAGUGAUCACUUUGAUGACAUAGUAUUUGUUUAUCCAA